UCAACAGCGUCACGCCGACCAGCUCUUCCGGCGCCGACCCCGACCGGCGUCUGGGGCAAGCCCGUCGCCGACGCCGCCUCGUCCGACCCGACCAGCUCGUCGACCCCGGCGUCGUGGGCCGACCAGACCGCCGCCGCGCCCGAGUCGCCCGAGGCGCCCGCCGCUCCUGCGGCAGACGACGCGCCCAAGUCGGACGAGGCCGCCGCCGCUCCUGCCGCCUCGCAGGCCGAGGCGUCCAAGCCGGCGUCGCGCACCAUCGCCCCGGGCUCGACUCGCUCGUGGGCCUCGAUCGCGCGCCCGGUCUCGCCGCCCAAGCCGGCUCCCGCCCCCAUCCCUGCCCCUGCUCCUUCCGCCCCUUCCCCUGCCGCCUCCGCCCCCGCUCCCGCCGCCGUCGAGGCCGCGCCCGAGCCGGCCGCCGCCUCGGAGGACACGUCGGCGCCGGCCGCCGUCGAGGACGCCGCCGCGCCGACCAUCUCGCUCCCGAGCUCGACGUCGGCCGAGACCACCGCGCCCGCCCAGCCGGCGUACGACCCGUGGGGCUCGACCCCGGCCGCCGCGUCGUCGCCUGCGCCCCUUGCUGUCGGCGAGGGCUGGGCCGACUCGAUCGUCGCCGCCAAGCCGUCGACCGAGCACGACGCCGCCUUCAAGCGCGAGGUCGACGCCCACCUCCCGCCCAACGACAUCGCGACCGCCGGCCCGAUCGACGUGACGGCCUCGGCCGCUCCCGCCGCGUCGGCCCAGCAGCCGCAGGCCGCCGCCCCGGCGCAGCAGCAGCCGGCGCAGGACAAGUUCCUCGGUGCCGGCCCGCCGGGCCUCCCGCCUAAGCGCCUCCAGCAGGAGGCCGUCGUCCUUCCCGGCCAGGGUGCCGCGAGCGCCGUCGACCGCGUCGGCCUCCAGUUCGGCUCGCUCGACCUCCUCGACGGCGCCAAGCAGCAGGAGUCGCAGCCCGAGCAGGCCGCCGCCCCUCAGCAGCAGUCGACCGACGCUUCGGCCGCGUACCAGCAGCAGCAGCAGCCGCAGCAGGUCCCCCAGCAGCAGCAGCAGCAGCAGCAGCAGCAGCCGCAGCAGCAGGCCCAGGCCCAGCCUCAGCAGGCCCAGCCGCAGGUCCAGCAGCAGUACCAGCAGUACCAGCAGCAGCCGUUCCAGCAGGAGCAGGCCGUCCAGACGGCCUUCUCGCAGGCGCCGUCGGCCCAGUCGAACCUGUUCCCGGGCCAGGCGUCGUCGGCCUUCUCGCAGCGGUACCCGACCAUGCCGUCGCCGUACCAGCAGUUCCAGCAGCAGCAGCAGCCCGACGACCAGUCGGCGUACGCCGCCUUCAAGCCCGCCGAGGCCGUCACGCCGGCGCAGCAGGCCGUCUCGAGCCCGUACUUCCAGCAGCCGGCGUCGCACUCGCCGGCGCCCGCCGCCCAGCAGCAGCAGCACCAGGUCCAGAGCCCGUACGCCGCCUUCAACUCGAUCCCGCAGCAGCAGGCCCCGGGCCAGGCGUUCGGCGCCCAGCAGACCGACUACUCGUCGCUGUACGGCCAGGACAGCAUGCGCUCGAUGGGCUUCUACGACGCGUACGGCCAGUUCGCCAACCAGGCGCCGUCGCCGCUCCCGAGCCGCCCGGAGGACUCGGCCGCGUCGGCGCAGGCGUCGCAGGCGUCGCCCGCUCCCGGUGCGGCCCAGGCCCAGCAGCAGCAGCAGCAGCAGCUCCCGGCGCAGCACUCGUUCUACGGCGGCAUGCCCUACUACAACCCGUACCAGGCCUAUGGCGCGUACGGGUACCAGGUCCCGCCCAACUACGCCGCGCUCCAGUCGCAGUUCUACGGCAACUACCAGCAGCAGCCUCAGCAGCAGCAGCAGCCCCAGCAGCAGCAGCAGCGCUACCCGGGCGCGCCGCAGCAGCAGCAGGGCGGCCAGCCGCAGCAGCCCGGCCAGCAGGGCCAGCCCGGCGCGGCCGGCUCGCCCGCCGUCCAGGCGCAGCAGCUCCAGCAGGGGCAGCAGGGCCAGGGCCAGCAGGCGUUUGGCGGCGCGGCUCGCUACGGCGCCCAGGCGUACGGCGCGCCCGGCGCCGGCGUCGGCCAGCAGCAGCAGCAGCUGUACGGCUCGUCGUACGGCAAGGACGUGACGCAGGACUCGUCGAGGUUCUUCGGCACGCACUGAGCCCCGUCGUCGUCGGCCUCGCCCCUCCCCUCGUACCUGUUCUCGCCCCCUCUUUUCUCUCCUCCCUUUGCAUCGUCGUCGCGCUCGCAAGCCUCCGGUACCCUCCUCCCUCCCUCCCCAAAAGCCCCACCUCCCUCGUCGCCGUCGUCGUUGUCGUCUCGACGGGAGGAACAUCGUUGUGUGUCCUGCGUCGCUUUCCUCGUCGUCCCUCCCCCCCGUCGGCCGCUCCUCCUUUCAUCCUCCCUCCCUCUCGAGCUAUCAUCCAAAGCCUUCGUCGCUGUAACCCACCGCCUUUCUGAAGCAU